AUGAAUCAGGCACUGAACUACAGUCCAGGAAGUCAUAAACUGGUUUUAUGGCGAAAUGGAUCAAAUGUAACCACAAACAAGUGGGAUGUGAUAAAACGAGGUGAGAAGGUACAGCUGGUCUCGUUGAAGGGAACGUGUGCAGCACUGGAUGGUACGGCAUUUAAGGGCGUUAAGUGCGAUCCAGAUGACAGAAAUCAACUGUUUACAGUUCACAAGAAGGGAGAGGAAAAGAAGGUGACACCAACAGGAAGUGGAUUGACGUACGGAAAGUGCUCAAAUCACAAGAAAAGCAACGAGACGUUUCCACAGGCUGAAACAUGGGGUAGUACAGAAUAA